UGGAAAGAUAUGAUGACAUGGAACCUGCAGUGUGAGGACUUGUUGACCCAUUGAUUGGAUGCAGGUGGGAUGAGUCUGAUAUGGAGCCCCAUUCUCACUAAUUAUUACUAUCGUUUCUUCUUUUAUUUUAAAGCUCAUCUUGUUGUAGGCUUCUGUUGGGAUCUGAAACCUCCUCUCCUCUCGAGAAGGCGCAAAUCCAUCCUACUAAAGCGGGCAUCACACCUUGCUUCCAUUUCUCUUUUUCUUGCCUUCAACUCGCAGUCUUUCUUCUUUUUGGUCUUUUCUUCUUCUUCUUCUUCUUCUUCUUCUUCUUCUUCUUCUUCUUCUUCUUCUUCUUCUUCAGAAGAGCAUAAUAUGGGCAUGUCAGAUCUACUGAUAUCUCCUCCGACGGCCAUCUUCCUUCCUACUUCGUAGAACGAAGAAAGGCUGAGGGGGGAGAUAGAGGACUGUGAGAUCUCGAAGCCUUGUACGGGAAUAUCUCGUCUUGGUUCUCGUUCUAUUUAUCUUCCUUGUCGGCUUGAUCUGAUCGAGAAGAACAGGAGAUGAACCUUUAGGCUCGCGACGCGCUUCCACUCUCAAAGCCCUGAAGAGGAGACGACGAAUUGAAUGGGUGCUUCCUUUGCUGGAAGUCCGAUGGAUUGAGGAGAGGAGAAGUGGAUGUCAUCGAACUCGCCGUGCGCCGCGUGCAAGUUCUUGCGGCGGAAGUGCACGCCGGGAUGCGUGUUUGCACCGUACUUUCCGCCGGACCAGCCGACGAAGUUCGUGUACGUGCACCGUGUGUUUGGGGCGAGCAACGUCGCAAAGCUUCUCAGUGAGCUGACGCCUGCGCAGCGGGAGGACGCGGCCAAUUCGCUGGCCUAUGAGGCGGAGGCGCGGUUGCGUGACCCGGUCUAUGGCUGUGUAGGCUACAUCUCUCUUCUCCAGCACAAGCUCAAGCAGGUCCAACAUGAUCUUUACAACGCCAAGAAAGAUCUCGCCGCCUACAUCGGCCCCGCUGCAUUCGGCCCCUUCCUGCUCCCUCCCCACCACCCGCACCAGUACCAGCAGCAGCAGCACCUCCAAGGCCCCUCUCCCUCCUCCACGGCGACCUACGGCGCGCCGGGAAUGGGGAUGGGCAUGGGGCUCGGCCUCGCUCCAACACAACCGAGCACGUCGCACCACCCGCAGAUCUUGAUGCGUGAACCGCAGCAGCAGUCGCCGCAGCAGAUAGCGGAGGCGCAACAAAUGGCCAUGGCUGUGGCUGCAGCCAGGGAGCAGGAGAUGAUGAGGAACUACGACCAACAGCAGGAACUGGCGAGAUUCAACGCCGGGUUUCCCGAUGGUGGCAGAGAUUACAACCAGAUCGGUGAUGGCACCAUGGCCGCCAUGCCGGUAGCUCCCUCUUCCGGGCUGGGCUUGGUUCCGGCACAGCCCUUCGAUGGGUCAUUCGCGGUCAACCAGAUGCAGCCGCCGCCGCCGCAGCAGCAGCAGCACCAGAGAGCCAGGAGCGACGACGGGAGGAGUGGAAUCGGUCCCUCGACUUGAAACAAAAUCAAACAAAACAAGAAGAAAAGGACGAACGUUGGCAUAUUUCCAUUUUCCCUCCUCCCUCGGAGGUACACGACUCGAUUUCCUCAUCCAUAGACGGAGCUACAGAAGGCUAGGGAUGUACCCUAAUCAACACCUAGCUAGCCUCCCUUUAUAAACAUGAUUGCUUGGGUUGGCUAGACCUGAGAUGGCACUCGAAUCCUGUCACAGGCUGAUCUGCUUUGCUCAGCAUUUUGGAGAACACAAGGAAUACGAUAGAUGCAAGGCUCAUGGCUACUAGUAGUGGUGCAAACAAAGCAUAUCAGCAAAAGGAAUGACGCAGGAUUGCGGUGCAGAAGUGGCAGUCAUAAGGAGUAGCUGAAAUAAAUUCGAAACCACCCCCCUAUUUUGUUGACCAUAAGGGGGUACACUACAUUUACUUUGGGAUCUCUCUCUCUUUGGUUUUCUUCUCCAUCACUUUGGUUUUGUUGUUUCUUGGUUUGUUUGUUCCUUCCGCGUGACUGCGGGAGUAAGCAGCAGCAUUUGUGUACAGGAGAAGGUCAAUAAGUUACUGCUGCUAUCUUUGAUUUGCAUUCUAAGUAUCUGCAGUCGAUGCAGUAAGUUUAAUGUAUCGCCCAGAUUUCUUGAAGGAAGAAAGAUAAGGGUGACUGAGAAGAGCUAAAGCUGGAGGGAGG